UGCAAAUACUAAACUUGGGACAGCAAUGAUAGACAGUAUUGGGGGCCCAGAUCGUGUUAACAACAUUUUCGCCACAAUAAACAUCCCAACUAUAAGUCACUCCAACUUAAAGAAGAUGGAAACUCGGGCUGGAGAAACAGUACAGAAGAUUUCUGUUAAGUCAUCAGCGGCAGCUGCCAAAAUGGCCUUCAAGCAGGAAAUGGAUGAGAUUUCACAAAAAGAGACUGAUGAGGCAAAGCAGUCUAUAGACAGUCUAAUUGAAAACCUUGGAAUUGGAGCAAUGCCAGAUGCAUCCCCUCAUACAAAGGAGGUGCUGCGACAGUCCUGUGCCAGUGCCGAGGCUGACAAAGGUGAUGGUAAUUGGAGUGAUUUAGGCGACACACCCAUCAAUCAGGAACGACUUACCAGAAGACAAAAUUCCCAACCUGACGGCUGUAGAAAGAUCUCUUGUGAAAGAGCCAAAAUUCGCCUUCAAGACAAAUUUCAGUGUAGGACCAGACUUGGAAUGUCCUGUUCAGUUGACACCGCCUGGCAAAAACGUGGAUUUGAUAGUUUAACCUCACACACAUUCUUCAUGUCAAAGUCAAAGUAUGGGAAGAAGGUUCUUAAGUCAAUUGUAUCCAACAGGGUUUGUGGAACGUGUAACUGGUGGGCACGCAACCGUAAGGGUCAAGCAGUCAGACCUCACCUGUGUGUUAGAAACCAUCGUGGGAGUGCCAAACUGAUGGAAAGUGUCAGUGGGGAGAAAGGAGUGCAGGAACUGAAGGAUGAAGGGACUCCGAUAGAAUAUGUUGAAGGAGAUGGUGACAAUACACUCAUAGUUCCGCAUCAAUUUGGUGAUCACAGUAUGUGCCAUCCUAGAUUCUGUGGGUAUAAGCGUUCACCAGAAGACAGGAAGAGUUAUGUCCACAGAAGUCUGCCUUACAAGGCUCCAUUGAAGGACGAACAACUUCGGGCAGCCUUGGAGGGGAUUUUUAAACCUCUUGCUGAUAAUGCAGAGCAAUAUGCGGAUCUUGGCUCAUCACAAGCUUGUGAACAUGCCAACAGGGAAGUUUCAAUAAGAGCGCCUAAGAGCUUCCAUUAUGGAAACACUAAGUCUCUUGACUAUAGGGUCCACGCUACAGCAGCUUGCAUCAAUGAAGGAAGACAUUACUGUAUUCCUAGAAAUGUUCCAAACAGGUAUCUAUAA